AUGUUUACUCUUUCUGAAGUGUCAACGCACAACACCGAAGAUAGCUGCUGGGUUAUACUUUAUGGAAAGGUGUAUGAUGUUACAGGCAUUCUUGACAGCCAUCCUGGUGGAACGGAUGCACUCCUUCGUUGGGCAGGGCGAGACGCCACCGAGGAGUUCGACAUAAUCCAUCCUCAUGAGACGCUGAAGGAAAUUGAGCAGUCAUGUUUGGGAAUGGUUGAGGUACAAGAGCUGCCGAUUACCCAUUCUAGGCCCGAAGGGAUCACGCAAGCGCCAUUAGGCACGUUGCUGAACCUCGAUGAGAUUGAAGCCGCAGCCGCAAAGGUAAUCAGCAAGAAGGCAUGGGGGUAUUACUUUUCCGCUGCAGACGACAGGAUAUCAAAGUAUCUCAACACGCAAGCCUAUCGCUCAAUUCUGUUUCGACCACGGGUAUUUGUUGACUGCCACACUUGCGAAUUGGAAACCAACUUUCUGGGCCACAAGGUCGGGUUACCGAUCUUUGUUAGUCUAACUGCAAUGGCACGCCUAGGGCACCCUGCAGGAGAGAAGGGGAUUGCACAAGGUUGUAGCUCUUUCGGGGGGCUUCAAAUCAUCGCAAACAAUUCCUCGCUAUCUCCGGAAGAGAUCGUUGCAAAUGCGUCCCCAACACAGAUAUUCGGAUGGCAGCUUUACGUCCAGCUGAAUAGAAGAUUGAGCGAAAGUAUGCUCUCGCGUGUUAACCGGCUGGACGGAAUCAAAUUUAUUGUGUUGACACUGGACGCACCGGUAUCGGGCAAGCGAGAAGACGAUGAGCGGAUCAACAUCCAAGCCAACGCGACGGCAAGUGUCAGCACCCAACUCUUUGCUGGAACGGAUCCAUCGCUCACCUGGACGGAUACUCUUCGAUGGUUGUCGCAUCAUACCACCAAACCGGUUGUACUCAAGGGUAUCCAGACACACGAGGACGCAGUUCUGGCCGCUCAGUAUGCACCCUUUGUGAAGGGGAUUGUGUUAUCCAACCACGGUGGGAGGUCGCUUGAUACAGCACCUCCUGCUGUCUAUACUCUUCUUGAACUUCGAAGAUACUGCCCGGAAGUGUUCGAUAAGGUUGAAGUGUGGGUGGAUGGUGGGAUUCGUCGUGGUACAGAUGCUGUCAAGGCGUUAUGUCUCGGGGCCAAAGCUGUUGGGAUAGGAAGGCCGGCUCUUUGGGGCCUCGCUGCUGGUGGUGUCGAGGGGGUAGAGCGAACAUUCCAGAUUCUGUCGGAUGAGAUGAAAACAUGCAUGCGACUCCUUGGUGCGAAAACAGUGGACGACCUUGGACCUCACCACAUCAACACAGGCAUAUUGCAGCAGCAAAUAUAUGGAGGGUCUUCCCAUCUAGCAGAUGAACACCCAGGUUUGGUGAAAGGGAAGCUCUGA